CAYGAUAAGAAUCUAUCAGGGCCAAGAUCCGUUUUCCCAGAUGUGAGAAUUGAACAUCCCAGAAACCAAGACAUCCUCCUCUAUGCUCAGGAGACCCAGGUUUCUGUGCUAUACAAGUGAGCAACCUGAAAGCCAGGAAAUGGAAACCUUGACAUUCAGGGAUGUGUUCAUUGAUUUCUCUGAAGAGGAAUGGGAAUGCCUGGAUCCUGCUCAGAAGACUUUAUAUAGAGAUGUGAUGUUAGAGAUCUAUAGAAACCUGGUAUUUUUGGGUCUUGCUGUAUCUAAGUCAUUCUUAGUCAUCUUUCUGUCCCAAAAGAAAUAACCUUGGAAUUUAAAGAGAAAAGCUACAGUAAAAAUUCAUACUGGAGGGAAGUCCUACAAAUUUAAAGAAUGUGUAAAACCAUUUAAAGAUUACUCAAUCCUUUAUCAUAGCAGUGACAAACCCUACAUAUGUAAAGAAUGUGGUAAAGGUUUUACUCAACCUUCAACCCUUACUAAACACCAUAGGAUUCACUAUGGAGAGAGCCCAUACAAAUGGAGGAAAUGUGUCAAAGUCCUUAAGUAUCACUCAACCUUUAUUAAACACCACAGUAUUUAUAAUACAGAAAAGCUCUACAAAUGUAAUGAAUGUGGCAAAAGUUUUAAUCGAAGCUCAAACCUUAUUGUUCACCGUAGAAUUCAUACUGGAGAGAAGCCAUACAAAUGUGAAGAAUGUGAGAAAGCCUUUCAUCAAAARUCACACCUUACUCAACACCAAAGGAAUCAUUCUGGAGAAAAGCCCUACAAAUGUAAAGAAUGUGGCAAAGCUUUUACUGUUAGGCCAAGCCUUAUUGCUCACCAGAGAGUUCAUACUAGAGAGAAGCCAUACAAAUGUGAAGAAUGUGGCAAAGCUUUUAAUGAAAAGUCACACCUUAUUUGCCAUCAGAGAAUUCAUACUGGAGAAAAGCCAUACAAAUGUAAAGAAUGUGGCAAAGCUUUUACUGUUAAGACAAGCCUUAUUGCUCACCAGAGAAUUCAUACGGGAGAAAAGCCAUACAAAUGUAAGGAAUGUGGCAAAGCUUUUACUGUUAGGCCAAGCCUUAUUGCUCACCAGAGAAUUCAUACGGGAGAAAAGCCAUACAAAUGUAAAGAAUGUGACAAAGCUUUUACUCAAAUCUCAAAACUUAUUAUUCACCAGAGAAUUCAUACUGGAGAAAAACCAUACAAAUGUAAAGAAUGUGGCAAAGCUUUUAUUGAAAGAUCAUACCUUACUCAACACCAGAGUUUUCAUACUGGAGAAAAGCCCUACAAAUGUAAAGAAUGUGGCAAAGCUUUUUAUCUAAAUUCAAAACUUACUGUUCACCAGAGAAUUCACACUGGAGAAAAGCCCUACAAAUGUAAAGAAUGUGGCAAAGCAUUUAAUCAAAACUCAAGUCUUAAUGUACACCAGAGAAUUCAUUCUGGAGAGAAACCAUACAAAUGUAAAGAAUGUGGCAAAGCAUUUAAUCAAACCUCAAGUCUUAAAGUACACCAGAAAAUUCACUGGAGAGAAAAACUACAAAUGUAA